UUCGCUAUGCCCCUGCUCGAAAACAGAAAUGAGCAGCAAUGGCAUUUGUCUGCUUCUUGGAGCGACUGGCGUUGGAAAAACGUUGCUGCUGAAACGUCUUCAAAAGCUCAGUUUGCAUGGGUUAGGUGAACUGGGGCCACCUCCAUCUACUCUUCCAACGGUAGGAACCAACCUGACAGACCUGACAUUGAAGAAGAAGAAGAGGAAGGUGACUUUAAGGGAGCUGGGAGGCUGCAUGGGCCCUAUAUGGCCGAGUUACUUCAAAGACUGCUCCUCUGUCAUUUUCAUGGUGGACUCGGCCAACAUUGCACAGAUAUCUUCCUCCUGUAUCCAGCUGCUAUCAGUACUCUCUGCUGAGCCUCUGCACAGCGUCUCCGUGCUUAUUCUCUUCAACAAGAGGGACAUGCCUUGCCCUAUGAGUCUUAUAGAGAUAAAGUCGCUAUUCAGAAUAGAUGACAUCAUUGCAUCUGCUACUCAGCCAAUCACAAUACUGGAACUCAGUGCCUGCUCUGGAGAAGGACUUCAGGAGGUGCUGAGCUGGCUGGAGUCCAUCAGAGUCACGUGAACUAUCAUACAGGUGCUCCUUAUAAAGUGAUGCUGCACUCACAGGACUUCAAACAAUGGCCUCAAACCUUUUGGUGACAGGUGUCAGUGUCCUCAGUGUGCAAAGACUGUUCACACACUGUUUUAAAGAGAAUGAUCUGUUUAGUGUUUAAUUCACUAAAUAAGUGGCAAGAUGUGUGACAAGGAAAAAAUGUUAAUGCUGUAUGUUACUGUUCAUAAGGGUGACUGAGAAAGGAGAUGGAUGUAUCAUGACAGGAUGAAAUGAUGGUGCUGUUGGCCAUUUUAACAUCUGUCAAAUCAACACUACUGUAAGCCUCAACCUGCGCUUAAUUAUUUAAACUUCCUACUUUUACUAAUUAAAUUCAGAUAAAGCAAACUGCAGGGAUUCAUGACUAACUGCAGUGUGAUCAUGGGACUUCAGAACAUUAGGGGGAAUCUCAUGCUACUCUAAAUAAGGACUAGUUUUAUUCUGCAAUAAAAUAAGCACGUGCAAUUCAGUUUUACUUACUGGUUACGUAUGAGAAACAUAUUUGAAUUUCAGAGAUUUCAGUGAUGCAGUAGGUAGUAGUAACAAGUCAUGACCAGCAGGGGGCAUAAAGUGCCCAACAAAUACUAUGACUGGUACUGGGUGUGUGCCUGAGAUGUGAUGAUUUCAUAUAAAAUGUAUUUAUCACUGGAAAUGAGAUAAUACAAAAGAAGAAAACCAACUGAAGAAUGAAGCAGUGUUCUAAUUAUACCCUUAUAUUUGAUGAGAGUCAGUGGUUCACAAGCAAUGAAUAAAACUCAUGAUUCAUACAUUUUCUAAUGUUGCCUUGCUUAGAGUGAAUUCAGAAGCAUCGAACAGUCCUCCCAAACUAUAAUUUCAUUCGUAUA